GAUGGCAGUCAACUCGCCGCAAACCAACGCAAGCAGGGUUGCCUGCUUCGCUGAGGGGGGGGUCUCUUCUAGUAUGAAGGCAACCUAGUUCUCGGGAAGAUUUCAAUGAUGGAUUAAGUGAAGGGGGCAACUGUGUGUGUGGUGUGGUACGGGUGCUUUUUUUUUUAAUUCGAGGGACUGGUUUUUUGUGGGAGUGAGUGUAUUUUUUCUAGUGUUUGGUGUGCUUUUUUUUUUCCUUGUUUCGCCUCUCUGUCCGCCGUGAUCACGUUGGCGAGGUAGCACUCACCAUGCGGAACGAAAGUACUAUCGCGUCAUGAGACGCAAAUUUCGGCGGUAGGCGUGCGCGGGACUCGAACAAGGAGCCUGAGUGGAGAGUGUGCUGUUUAGGCUAGGGGGUGCAGCAUCCUCGGCCUAUCCCCAGCGGAGGAGAUGCCGUGAUGGCAAGGGAGUAUGUCGAUUUUGUUGCAGGAAGCACGAGGCAAGAGGCCCUUCAAGAUAUGGGACAGCUGGAGAAACAUCCGGAAAGGACUGGUGGUCAGCAGCUUCGAGGAGCUCAUCGUCAGAGGAAGGGAGAAGCUCGGCCUGCCGGUAGGUGAGCCGGUACGCCUCGUGCUUGAAGCAGACGGGACGCAGGUGGAGGACGGCGAGUACUUCCGCACGCUACCCAACAACACGGUGCUGCUGCUGCUCCGGCAGGGCGAGCGCUGGUACCCCAGCGGGGUCGACGUCAUCCGUGCUGCUAUCACCGCCAUCCCGAAGAUCGUAUGCGAGACAAUCCACGCGUUGGAGUUGCACGAUGAGACCCCGUCGUGGAAGAUCAUGGACAACAAGGGGCGCAUCACGGUGGUCCUCCACUGGGACCAGAGGCAGCAGCAGCAGCAGCAGACGCACAAGCAGCCGGGGGCCGAGCCGGGGGCGGCGGCGGCGGCGGCGGGGGCGGGCGCAGCCGGCGGCGCCCCCAAGUUCUCGCCCAGCAAGAAGGUGGAGCAGCAGGUGCGGCCGUCGCUGGUGAUCCAGACGAGCCUCGAGAAGCUGGGCAUCCACGGGGCGCAGGUGCAGCCGCAGCCGCAGGCCGGCAAGAAGGAGACGCUCAUCAACGACGUGUACGCGCCGUCGCCGCGCUUCAACUCGAGCCCGCAGAUCACCGUCAUCAACCACGACGAGGUGAGCAAGGGCGGCGCGGCCGUCACGUUCCACCCGCACCACCUGCACCACCACCCGGCGCACCGGCUGCCCAAGCAGCCCGGCUCGUUCGACGCCGCCACCGUGCACGUGCACACGCCCGAGUGCGUGAACCACGCGGGCCGCGCCGCCAGCCCCGGCGACGGCAAUGGCCCGGGCGACGUGGCCGAGUGCGACUUCCACUGCUGCGCGCUGCACGAGGAGGGCCGCAAGAUCGCCGUGCACAAGUCGGUGGCCACGUCGCCCAUCCAGGACGCGCAGCAGCAGACGUCCCCGCAGCCGUCGUCGCUGGCCGGCGCCGGCUCGGCGAGGGCGCAGCCCAAGCAGCAGCACGUGCGCUUCCUGGACGUGGAGGGGGCGGCGGCGGCGGCGGCGGGGGUGGCGGGCGCGCGCGGGCCCGCCGACGAGAGCUCCGAGUCCGAGACCGAGAACACCGUCAUGGAGGACGAGGCCGUCACCUCGGAGAAGUUCCUGCUGCUCAUAGACCAGCUGUCCGUCGACCAGAAGCGCCACCUCACCAUCAAGGACAUCGGCAUCAUCCUCGAGAGGCUCAGCUCCAAGAUCCUGGACGUCGAGCGGCUGGACCGCGAGUCGGAGAGCGACGACUGCUACAACUGGACCAUCAAGGCCACCAUCCGGGGCGACGUGCUGCGAGAGUUGGGCGUCAUCUACAACGGCAACUACUACGCCAUCUCGGAGCACCCCGGCUACAAGGAGGAGUCCGAGGAGAACCGCGAGGACCCCGAGGAAGAGGAGGAGGAGGAGGAGGAUAGGCUUUAACCGUAGCUGAACUCACUGUAGUACGAUAGCAGUUGACGAUCAGUUAUGUUUAACUACUCGAGAAAAAAAAAAACUUGUAGGAAUGAAAUUUAAAAAGAAAACAAAAAACUUAAAAAAAAGAAACUGUUGACAUUCCCGAGUUGUUUAAUUCGUUUUUUGUUUUUACACAAUAAUGACGUUCGUCGUCGUUAACGUUGAUGGUGCUGACCCCUCCAAAAAGAGUUUCUUCCGUUUUUAGUUCGACAGGAGCAAUAGUUUCCUCCGCGCGCCGCUCGUGCACACGGUGCCUGUUCGGCCACAUUCUGGCUGACCUCUCUCCUCAUUCCAGAAACCGCCCCCCCCUCCCCCUUCCCCGUACCCACAACUCCUUCCUACCUUCCCUCCACUUCCGCCUCUCGUGCUCCAUCGAGGGCGCGCGGUUGAAAAGCGGUUAAACUUCGACUACAGUCGUGGAUUCUUUUGACCCGUUGUUGCAAUUCUGUUGUUGAGAGUAGGGCGACUGAUGUUUAUGUCUGUGAAAACAAUCAAUAAUUAUUAUUAUCAACAUUAUUACUAAAGCACGAACGCUGCCCAGUGUGGUGGGUUUUCUACGAGUGUGUUCAUGUACAUGUGUCGUGUCGUUAUAAAUGCCAUAUGUCAUGUGACUCGUUUCGAUCCCCGCCCGUAUCGUGUUGUCAUUUUAAUACUGCGCCUUGAUGGCUCGGAACAAAUCUGUUGAAGAUGUUAAUGAGAGAAUGUUGAGAGUGAUUAAAUUAAAAAAAAAGACUACAGUUCAUGCCGCAGCCAUCAACAUUUAAAAUCCACAA